UCGUAGCCUCCCGGUUAAGAGUGUCUACGUGGAGGCUUGUUAAGAGGCGACGUGUCCGCGCUCUUGGCCGUUACUCCUCCGUCUCCGUCUCCGUCGACAUCAGACUCUCUACUCUCUCUCUCUCUCUCUCCUACUCCGAAUCCAAACAAUGAGGACGAUCGUUUCGCGUUUGAUCCGAUUCAAAUCGUCUUUCGCUCAGACACGGUUCGUUUCUGCAUCAUACGGUGGCGGCGGGAGGUAUCUCUCUACAGACUCUAACAAAAUCGAUGAGCCGUUUAGUGUGGAGGAAGCAGAGACUGUACAUGUGCCUCCACCUCCUACUGAGAAGUUGCUUGUCCUUGGUGGAAAUGGCUUUGUUGGAUCACAUGUAUGUAAAGAAGCGUUAGAUCGUGGCUUAUCUGUCUCUAGCCUUAGCAGAUCAGGUAAGUCGUCUUUACAAGAGUCAUGGGCUAGUAGAGUAACAUGGCAUCAAGGAAACCUUCUGUCAUCUGAUUCAUUGAAAGAUGCUCUUGAUGGAGUGACUUCUGUGAUCUCUUGUGUUGGUGGUUUUGGUUCAAACUCGUAUAUGUAUAAGAUUAACGGGACUGCAAAUAUCAACGCAAUUAGAGCUGCCUCAGAGAAAGGUGUGAAAAGAUUUGUCUAUAUCUCUGCUGCUGAUUUCGGUCUAGCCAACUACUUGUUGAGCGGAUACUAUGAGGGAAAGCGAGCUGCUGAGACCGAGCUGCUCACAAGAUUUGCUUAUGGAGGGAUAGUCUUGCGGCCUGGUUUUAUAUAUGGAACUCGCAGCGUUGGGAGCAUGAAGAUCCCAUUGGGAGUCUUUGGCUCACCAAUGGAGAUGGUUCUUCAACAAGCAAAACCGCUGAACCAGCUCCCGUUAGUCGGACCUUUGUUCACACCUCCGGUGAAUGUUGAAUCGGUUGCAAAAGUUGCGGUUAGAGCAGCUACGGAUCCAGUCUUCCCUCCAGGGAUUGUAGAUGUUCAUGGAAUACAACGUUACAGCCAACAGAAAUCGAGAUAAGCCAGCUUGAUUAUGCUCUCUUGUUGUUUAUGUAGAGUUUGGCUGCUUAACUCUGAUAAAAUGUUUUCUUGUUUCUCUCGCCAUAAACUUCCCACAAAUAAAUAAAGAAGACAAAGCUUUUUAUUGA